AUGGCCAACUUCUCCAACCCUGAAUCCGUGACCGCCGCCAUCGCCGAGGUCCUCAACUCCACUGCCAGGAGCGGAUGGGUGCUUGUGGGCUACGAGAACGAUUCGUCGCUCGUCCUGCAGGGUAAGGGCACCGGUGGCCCCGAGGAGGUGAGGGAUCACCUUCAGGACGACAAGGUGCAGUACUUCAUCGUGCGCGUCUUCUACCCCAAGGACAACGCCGAGACCACCCGCGACGUCUUCGUGGCCUGGACCGGCCCCAAGGUUGCCCGCGUUGCCGCCGCCAAGAAGGCCACCCACGCUGGCGUCGUCCAGAGCGUCCUCAAGCCCUCGCACGCGCAGAUUACCUGCGUGAACAAGAACAAGCUCACUCUCGGCGAGGUGCUCGACAAGUCUGCCCCCCUCUCCGGCUCGCACCACAUCGAGUAA